GAACCUGUACACAUGAAAGAAAGAAAACUGGCAUGAAAGGAACUUCCCUAACCAGAGAAAGAAUUACAGACUGCAUAUAGUGUCUUUUCCUGUAAGUCCAGCAUCUGGGAAACUGAAUCUGGAGAAUUUCCAGGAGUUUAAGGCCAGCAUAGGCUACAGAAUGCAACUAAUAUCUCAAAGGUUAGCAACUAAUAUCUCAAAGGUUAAAAAAAAAACUGCAAAAAAAAUAUAGCUAAUCUAUUUACUGGUGAGAAGCUAGAAACCUUCUCCCUGAGAUCAUGGAGACCAGGAUGUCCUCUUGUGAGACUUUAGCAUCACCCUAGAAGUUCUGGCUCAUGCAGUAGACGAGGUAUACCGAGCAAGAGGAAAGAUCGACACUGUUUAGAGAUGGCACAGGCUUCUAGGUAGAAAAACCAAACAACGAAACCCUCUGGAACUAGUAAGGGAUUCCAGCAAGGUUCCAAGAUUACAGGGAUGCGAAAGCCAGGUGCUCUCCUAUGUCAGGCAACGAACAAGUGGGAUAGAAUUUGAAAUUUAAAAGUACAACUGGACCAGGGAAUUGUCUCAGCAGGUAAAUGUGCUUGCUACCAAGCCUAAUAUCCUGAGCAUCCCUGGGACCCACUCGGUAAAAGACUGAACCAACUCCUACAAGUUGUCCUCUGAGCUCCACAAGUGAAUACACCACACACACACACACUAACACACACACACACACACAUACCCCGAUGUUCAUAAAGCACUUAAAGGGGAAAGGGGCUGGGGGUGUAGCCCAUUGCUAGAGUGCUUGUGUAGAAUGCAUGAAGUCCCAGGUUUGGUCCUCAACAUAGAAAUGAGGUGUGGCAGUGCAUGCCUGUAGUCCCAGACGUGGGAAAUGGACCAGGAGGAACAGAAGUUCAAAGUCAUCCUCAGCUGCUUAUCAGGUUUCCCCAUUAAAAAAAAAAAAAGGUGUGGUGAGAUGGCUCAGUGGCUGUGAGCGCUGCGCCGGCUGCACUUGGAGAGGACCUGAGCACAGUUCUGAGAACACACACGGCAGCUCACAACCGCCUGUAACUCCUGGCCUCCUCUGGCCUCCAUAGGUACCAGCUUUGCACAUGUUGUACAGACAUACAUGCAGGCAAAACACCCAUGCACAUAACAUAAAAAAAACUUUUUAAAUAAACAUGAAAGGGGAAAAAACUUUGAAAUAUUUAUGAUUGUAUAUUGUUCUUCUAAAUAAAAUAGUGUCUUGUGAAAGAAAAGAAAAAUAAAAUGAAUAUUUAAAAUGAGAUGUGAUUUUAAUUAUAGGUGGGGCAGAAGCCAAGAGAAAGGUCAGAAUUCUCUGUGCAUCCUAGAAGGGUGGUUCGCUGAAUACCAAGAAAACGAGCCUUGAAUAUGGGAGAGCUAAAAGGUGAAAGAGGAAACGAUGGACAACAGAAGCUACUCCAACCCUCCAGACAGCCUCUCCGUUUUCUCUGAGUCUGCCCACUUGCCACUGUCCAGGCCCUUCUACCUGGACCCCAUGGUCACUGUCCACCUGUGCCCCGAGGCCCCUGUGCCGCCCCCUUACACGAACGAGCUGCCUCUGCUGCCCUUUACCGGAGAUACCUUGAUCAUGGACAAUUAUGGGGACCCGUACCCCUUCCCUUUCCCUAUGCCUUACGCCAACUAUAGGCGCUGUGACUACGCCUAUGGGCCCGCCUUCAUCCGCAAGAGGAAUGAGCGCGAGAGGCAGCGAGUCAAGUGUGUGAACGAAGGCUACGCCCGGCUGCGGCGACACCUGCCCGAGGACUACCUGGAGAAGCGACUCAGCAAAGUGGAGACCCUCCGAGCCGCCAUCAAGUACAUCAGCUAUCUGCAGUCUCUCUUGUACCCGGAUGAGACUGAGGCUGGGAGGAACCCUCGGACCACCAGUUGCGGUCCCCUAGACCCAUCUCUGAGAGUCAUUUGAGUUGGUGCUUUCCCAAACGGGCUCUCCCGCAGCAGCGUCCAGUAGAUUCUCAUACACGUGGUUUGGGGGAGGGGACAACAGUAGUCCCACUACCAACCUUCCUUAAAUGUUGCAUCUCUGGGUUUCAGAGACACUAAAUUAUCCCAUGCAGACUGAGACUCCCAUGCCGGCCUUACAGCUUUGAGUAUUCCCAGGGAUCUCCGCACCACCCACCCCACCUUUCGUACAGCCUUGGCCAAACGUACGCUCCAAAGUACGGGAAAAAAGUACCAAGUGUGAUUGUCUCACACUUGGUAAAUAUUUGUUGACAUGGUUUUCCUGUUCUGAUCCCGUCACCUGUGCCGGGACCACGAUUAAUUUCCAUCCUGGAUUCUGUUCUCAAUGGGCUCUACCCUCGUUUUGAAGCCGUUUCUUUCCUUAUCUUUUGGUGCAUGACAUGUGUGUGUCCUGUAAGUCAAUGUGUGUACAUGAGUGUGAAGUUCUUAAAAUAUUGUUGCUCAAACUGACGAAUAACUUUUGACUACUGCUGUUGAAUGCACCCACCUAGUUUACUUUGUGUUUUUUUUUCCUUUUCUCUCUUACUAUGUAACUCAGAGAGCUACUUGCCUGUGCUUCCAGAGUUCUAGAAUUAAAGUCGUGUGCCACCACGCCUGGCUCCGCUUGCCUUUCAAAGCUCCAUAUACUUUGACAUCCCCACAAAAGGAAAACACAGUCUGGCAAACACACCCUUCUCUCUUUACUCUCCCAUUCUAACUUGGAA